UAUUCAUUCAUCCUUACAGCUUACCAAUCAAAGUAAUUCCUGGGAGAAUAUAGCAUAGGAAUUACUAUUUAAGAUGCAUUAUUUGAUUUCUUUCUGUGUGCCUCGUCUUUGUCCCACAGUUUAAAUUGAAAUAUCCGAGGCAGCUGGGGCGUCAAGAUCAGGAUCAAGUGGGAGCCGUGGCAACGGAGGAAUUGCUCACCUUUCUCAUGGCGUCUCGAGGACGGUACAGGACACACACACGCACACACACACAUGCUGAGUGAUGAAGAGUUCCCAGAAGACAUUGAAGAAGAAAUCCCUUCCUCUUCUGACGAGGAGGAGGAGGAGGAGGAGGAGGGGCCGACCUUUCUUCAUCCCUUGACCCUCCUCCACCUCCACCAUACUGCUGCUGCUGCCGAAGGAGGAGGAGGAGGAGGAGGAGGAGGAGGAGGGAGUGUGUUUCCAGAUAAAGGUUCUGAUGCCAAAUAUAUUCAUGUGUGGGAUACUGGAGAGGAAGAGGAGGAAGAGGAAGAGGAGGAGGAGGAGAGGAUAAGUGGGGGUGAUGACAGAGAAACAGAAGAAGGAAGAAGAGAAGUGAAAACAAACAUUAUUGAAGGAAACAAGAAUGAGGAAGAAGAAGAAAUAGAAGAGGAGGAGGAGGAGAGAAUAGGAGGAACAGAAGAAGAAGAAGGAGGAGAAGAGGUAGAAAUAGAAAUGAAAGAGAGAAAUAAGAACAAGGAAGAAGAAAUAGAAGAAGAGGAGGAGGAGGAGGAGAGAAAGAACAAGGAAGAAGAAAUAGAAGAAGAAGAAGAGGAGGAGGAGGAGGAGGAGGAAGAAGAGAAGAGAAUAGAAAAAGAACAACAACAACAAGAUUCAAAAAAUUUAAUUCCAACCAGCACCAUUGCAUCUCCAGACACUUCCCCCUUUACCUGCUCCCCCAGCCCCUCCCCAGCCACUUCAGGGGACUGGGGGGGCACGGACAGCAGUGACAGCAGCACAAGGGACCGUUCUGUCAGCGAGGUCAGCGUCCCUGUGCCACAAAUCAGCAUAAUAUCGCUAAAUUCACCCAAGGUUCGGAAUCUUGUUCACCAUUUCACUGGCAAUGUUGAGGCAGCGUUGAGCCUCCCCGGGGGUGUUGCCGCAGGGGAUACCACCACAGGGGAGUUGCAUAGGGUACCCUGAUCCCACCGCACCACAGUUUGCCGCAUUCCACCAUAGGGGUGCGAGAGAAAGUGAGUUAUUUUACGGGAAAAUUGUUCGAGAGGAAUGUAAACAAGCCAGUCACUGGAGGUGUUGCCACAGGGGACACAGAGACGCUACCACAGACCAUCCACAGCACCACAGGCUACCACAGCGAGCCACACAGCCUGCCACAGCCCCCAGGACACCGCAAACCCUACCACAGCUUAACAGAAACCACCCAAUCACAUCAACCACAUCACACAUACCACGGCCUUUCACAGCCGAUCCUACCGCAGUCAGGCCUCUCGCAGCCUACCACAGCCUGCCACAGCCUACCCACUACCACAGCGGUGCCACAGAGAGCUUGGCACAGCGCAUUACAACCUCCGUGCCAGAAUGUAAACAAACAAACAAAAAUUGGACACGUUUCUGAUGAGAUUGUGACCUGUCUUCCCUCUUCUUCCUCUUCCUCCUCUUCCUCCUCCUCUUCUCAGCCAAAAACUCCCUUUCUUCCUCCCUCCUCUUCCUCCUCCUCCUCACAGCCUCACACCUCUCUUCCUCCUGCCUCUUCUUGUCUUCCUGCCAAAUUAAGUGAAAUAGCUUGGAGGAGGAGAAGAAAAGAGGAAGAGGAGGAGGAGAAGGAAGAGAGAGGUGCCAACAAAAUGCCAUACAGUGCCACACAAAAUGAAAACAGUGCCAUUUGUGACCACUACAGUGCCAUGCAGAAAGAAAAGCAAGGAAAUGAAGGAGCAGGGUGCCAAAACAGUGACAGGGAGAUGCAGACAAACAUACAGACGAACAGUGGUGCGCAGAACAGUGAAAAAUGGGGAGGAAACAGUGAAAUUGAGGAAAACGAGGAAGAAACGCAGCAGACCACACACGUGAACGUACAAACAGACGCACAGACAAACGCAGGCAAAGAAAACGGUGAAAAACAGCAAAGUGUCACCGGAACACAGCCAAGAAACAGCAAAAAAACACCGCAAAACACACACGCAAACACACACAUCACCGAAAAACACCAGAACACCCCUCGCAGCACCCCCCAACACAACGCCAAGCCACGAAUCAGACCACAGCAUUUGCCACAGCGCCCAAGAGUGAGCGACCUGAACAGCAACACCCCUACACCACCUCUGUCCCCCACACACAGCAGGCCCUUGUCGCAGCAGUCCCGCCAGGCCUCCCGCAGCCUGCACAGCCUCUCCCCCAGGGGCCGCGUGACCCAGGGGCAACGCAGCAGGUCCCUGAACGCAAGCACCGACAGUUUAGGGGUCACCGUCCGGCCGGUUAAGUCCCGUGGCGUUAACCUCGUCCGCAGAUGUGUCAGCACAGCCUCUCUCGACCAGGAGGGUGCUAAAGGCCACAGCAGCACCCAUGGGGGCUUGAGGCGAGCACACAGCACCAGUCUAAGCAGUGUCGGCCCUGGGAGAGCAGCCAGACUUCCAGAUUACAGCCACGUUCAAGGUAAAGUGCGUCAAUACAUCCGCGACAUUAAACAGCAGCGAUUUCGGCCCCCCAGCCACUCCCUGCCGAGCACCCCAGCACGCCGGCACCCCAGACACACCCCAGAGUCCCUGGCCACCUACCGGCACACCCCAGAGCCCCUAGGCACCUCAGGGCUGGACUUAGAGACCUUUCUUCAUGCCACACCGUCUGAGGAGGAGGAGAUGUCGCCGAGAUUUAGAAAACUUCGCAAGGAGGUGCUGGGCUUGGACGGGGGCUCGAAGGAGGUGCUUAAAGAAGUCCUGGAGUUACUGGCAGAGGAGCGAAAGUGUCGAUAUGCCAGUGACACGACCCUGGCAGCCCUACAACUCCAGCAUGACAACUUGAACGCAAUGUUUGCCGAGAAACAGAACGAGAUCGACAGACUUCGGUUCCUACACACGCAGGAGGUAAACAAAGAAUACAUCGUGACCUUGAAGGCAAACCAGGCCAGUUACCGGGACCCCUGCGACACUGCACGACCCCCCAGCACCCCGCCCGACCCCUCCAGGACCUCACCAAUGUGCCCUCUGACCCACUUCCCAUCAGAGCUCUCGGUCAGUGCCCCUUGUCUCAUCAGAGCUACCUCCACCCCAAUUGCUCAUCCAGUACUGAACUUUACUUUUGAUACAGAAGAGAUAGGAGGAGGAGGAGGAGGAGGAGGAGGAGGAGGAGGAGAUAGCAGUGUUGAAAGAGAAGGAGGAGGAGGAGGAGGAGGAGAAAUCAGAGUUUCAAGAGAAGAAGAAGGAGAAGGAACAAGAGGAAGAGGAAUAGGAGGAAGAAGUGGAAGAACAGAAGAGAGAGAAGGAAGAAAAGUGAGUGAAGGAAGGAAGAAGGAAGAAGAGGAGGAGGAGAAGAGGAAGAAUGAGAGAAUAGUGGAGAAAUGGAAGGAGGAGACACAAGGAAUAAUAAGAAAGGUGAAGGACUUAGCCAUCUUACUGAAGGGAAAUGCUCUGAAGGACUCGGAAAGGGACACUAUCUGGAAAUGCAUACUGAAGGAGUACUGGGCAUCCUCGUCACAGUUUCCCCUCAUCUCACUGCUCAGCCCUUCCCAGCUCUCCAGCAGCCUCCUACAGGGCGCUGGGCAGGCCAUACAGGCUGUGGCAACCUUCUACAGUCUACAGGUCAAGACGCAGGCCCCUAUGUGCCCCCUACCUCUGAAAAACCCCAUAGAUUUGAACAACUUCGAAAAAAACCUUGUGUCUGGAUCUGGUAAUGUUUCGUCCGCUGCGGGAGAACCUGUGGGUGUUUCUCCUGGUCCUGUGGGUCGGUCGGGUCCCCAAGGGUGUGUUCUGCCCCCACAGGCGUCUGCAGGCCCCGUGGGAGGUGCUGGGGGCUUAGGAGAGGGCUGUCAAUAUGGUCUAAGUUCCCCCAGUGUUGCCAUCACCACAGGAGGUACCAAGGGGUGUAGCAGUCCCCCACAGACCCCCACUGAGGCCACAGGGCAGGAGACAGCCCCAGGAGAGAAGGGAGGGGCUGGGGAAGAUGAGGAGGUGUUGGCGAGUCCUGUUAAUUCCCAGCAGUCCUUGAAAACAGUGGGGCCUCUUGAAAAGGUCAAGUUAUGGCAGGCAUCACUGCUCAACCCGGAACCUCUCGCUCCAACCUCCCCAUCUUCGAACUCUACCAGCUCCUCCCCCAGCCCUGCCCCAUCCCUCCUCUCCCUUGCAUCUAGUCACUCCUUCACCCCAGACACCUUCCCCACACCCCAGGCCCCACACACCCCUGGGGAGAGGCAGGAACGCACCCCAAACAGCUGUCAUGUCUCGAAAUCAAAUAAAAGGCAGUUUUUGAAGACUUGGGGUUCAAACAGUGGUACCCCCCGCUUCUCCCCCAACCCCACGCCCCCGGACGCCCUCCCGUGCCACCCCGCGGACACCCUGGGGGAGGCUGGGGCACCCCACGCACCCCACACACCCCAGGGAUGCAGACAGUGGGUGCCCGGGAUCAGAGCACAGUUUGAGAUUAAGUCAGAAUGCAAGCCUGGACCCAGUUGACUUCACACUGUCUUGUCAGCCCUCCCACAGCCUCCCACAGCCUCUGAUGGCCUCCCACAGCGCGUCACAGCCUCCUACAGCAUUGGACGCCACAACACAGCCCCCCACAGCACACCAGUCCCUCCCACAGCGGCCAGAAGCAUCACAUGGCAAAACGGUUAACCAAAACGAACAGAUACACAAACUGACACACGUACACACAGCACCAAACGCCACAGAGUCAACGCACAGCAUCUCACAGCAGCCAGAGGGACAGCACAGCAUCAUGGACUCCCCAGACACCCUCACAGCACCACAGCACACAGCAGAGGAUGAAAUAUUAAGCUUAGCCUUUGCAUCACCUGUCGUAAACAGCACUGGGGGAGAUGACAGCACACAGUGGCACACAGCAGGGACCCAGGGACUAGUGAGGACUGAACAGCAAGCCACAGCAUCACCAGACCCUGUGGAUGCUGUGAGGGAAGCAGGACAACCACACACAAUGCACAAGAUCGAGAAACAGACAAAAAGAAGAACCAUCAAUUCGAAGGAUAACUUUAAGACAAGAUUCCUAACUUCUGCUGCUACUUCUGCUGCUACUACUGCUACCACUACUACGGCUACUGCUACAGGGGGUGCGUCUGUGUCCUCCAGCGAUAUUUACCAGAGUAUAUCGAGACUUAGACGAGACUUCACCAUUAUACAAGAUCAAAUUCUCGGAACAGGGAAGGAAAAAAAGAACAUUCGAAGAGCAAGGAGGACCAGAGGAAGACGUGACACUGACACACAAACGCACACACACACAAAACGGAAGCCACUACGGGCUUUAGACCUCUCAUGUGACUCUGGCAAUAGUGACCGCAGUGUUACCAACCCCCUGUGUGACCCUAGCAGCGCGGACAGCCGGAAACAAAGGCUGGAAAGACCAGGAAUGAGGUCAGGGGUCACAGGAGAGGGAAACAGUGCUGGAAUUAGUAAAAGGGAAUACCGGCACACUUCUUCCUCUUCCUCUUCCUCCUCGCCGCAGUUCAGGUCGCCACAGCCUUGCCGCAGCCAGCCACACCCACCGCAGGCCACCACACACCCUCACACAGCGGUGCCAGGGCUCGACACAGCACUGCACAGCCGAGAACAGUCCAUGCCGAAUUCUUUAGUGAUUUAUAUUCAGAAUUUUAACCCCCCUUGUGAGGACAGCGACUACCACCACCACCACCACCACAGCCACAGCAGAUGUAGACACAGAAGAAGGACAAGAUCACAUGAACUCUCCCACACCCUUGACCUGACCACGCAGCUGGCCAGGACCGUACUGAGGCGAUCUGAGAGUCUCCUAACUUCUCUGUCCCAACCCAGUGGCAGAAACAGCCCAAGAAGUAGCCCAAAUGUAGCCUGCCAUAAGAGAUAGCCCUGAGGUAGCUCAAAAAUAGCCCAAAGAUUAGGUUGCCAAAAAAAAUAGCCCAAAGAUUUUAAAGAAUGGGUUUUUUUUAUGUUUUAUUUAUUUAGUUUAUUUAUUUAUUUAUUUAUUUUAGUUGUAAAGGAAGUUAGGAUUUUUUUUUUAGCCAGUGAGUUCUCUAAGUCAAGAAAGCUGUGUGUGUGUGUGUAUGUUUGUGUGUCAGUCAGUCAGUCAGUCAGACAUACAGACAGACAGACAGACUUUACCAAUGAAAGAGUGACAACAACCUCUAGUCUAUUAAAAGUACAGAAUUAAUAUUAAGAGAGAGAGAGAGAGAGAGAGAUAGUAAUUGUAGUGUGUGUGUGUGUGUGUGUGUGUGUGAGAGAGAAAGAGAGAGAGAGAGAGAGAAACAUGAUUAGCUGCCCAGAUCCCCAUUCGAGGCAGCUGAUUGGUUGACAGCUUGGUGCUUGUAUCUGAUUGGUCACCGUGACUUAGAUGCCGGCAGGUGAUUGGUUGGAAUUACUACUGUUACUGUUAUUUUUAAGUUCUGACUAAGAUGUAAUGGAAAAUGUUGUGUUUCUGAUAAUUUUUGGGGUUAUUUUCAAGUUUGGCCAAGUUCUGACUAAGUUCUGAAUUAAAAUAGUGUGUUUUUGUGAAGAUUUUUAGUCUAGGAAAGUUUGGCUAAGUUUUUAUUAAGUUCUGAAUUAAAAUGUUGUGUUUCUGACAAGAUUUUUAUGUUAUUUUCAAGUUUGGCCAAGUUCUGACUAAGUUCUGAAUUAAAAUAGUGUGUUUUUGUGAAGAUUUUUGGUGUAGGAAAGUUUGGCCAAGAUUUUAUUAAGUUCUGAAUUAAAAUGUUGUGUUUCUGACAAGAUUUUUAUGUUAUUUUCAAGUUUGGCCAAGUUCUGACUAAGUUCUGAAUUAAAAUAUUGUAUUUUUGUGAAGAUUUUUGGUCUAGGAAAGUUUGGCUAAGAUUUUAUUAAGUUCUGAAUUAAAAUAUCAUGUUUGUGACAAGUUUUGGGGUUAUUGUCAAGUUUAGCUGAGUUCUGACUAAGUUCUGAAUUAAAAUAUUGUGUUUUUGUGAAGAUUUUGGGUCUAGGAAAGUUUGGCUAAGAUUUUAUUAAGUUCUGAAUUAAAAUGUUGUGUUUCUGAUAAGUUUUUUAUGUUAUUUUCAAGUUUGGCCAAGUUCUGACUAAGUUCUGAAUUAAAAUAGUGUUUUUAGUAAAGAUUUUUGGUCUAGGAAAGUUUGGCUUAGACUUUAUUAAGUUCUGAAUUAAAAUGUUGUGUUUCUGAUAAGUUUUGGGGGUUAUUUUUCAAGUUUGGCCAAGUUCUGACUAAGUUCUGAAUUAAAAUAGUGGUUUUUGUGAAGAUUUUUGGUCUAGGAAAGUUUGGCCAAGAUUUUAUUAAGUUCUGAAUAAAAAUGUUGUGUUUCUGAUAAGUUUUUGAGGUUAUUGUCAAGUUUGGCCAAGUUCUGACUAAGUUUUAAUUGAAAAUAUUGUGUUUUUUGUGAAGAUUUUUGGUCUAGGAAAGUUUGGCUAAGAUUUUAUUAAGUUCUGAAUUAAAAUAUCAUGUUUGUGAUAAGCUUUUUAGGUUAUUUUGAAGUUUGGCCGAGUUCUGACAAAGUUUUAAUUGAAAUUAUUGUGUCUUUGUGAAGAUUUUUGGUCUAGGAAAGUUUGGCUAAGUUUUUAUUAAGUUCUGAAUUAAAAUCUCAUAUUUCUGAUAAGUUUUUGAUGUUAUUUUCAAGUUUGGCCAAGUUCUGACUAAGUUCUGAAUUAAAAUAUUGUGUUUUUGUGAAGAUUUUGGGUCUAGAAAAGUUUGGCUAAGAUUUUAUUAAGUUCUGAAUUAAAAUGUUGUGUUUCUGAUAAGUUUUUGAGGUUAUUGUCAAGUUUGGCCGAGUUCUGACUAAGUUUUAAUUGAAAAUAUUGUGUUUUUUGUGAAGAUUUUUGGUCUAGGAAAGUUUGGCUAAGUUUUUAUUAAGUUCUGAAUUAAAAUGUUGUGUUUCUGAUAAGUUUUUGAGGUUAUUGUCAAGUUUGGCCAAGUUCUGACUAAGUUCUGAAUUAAAAUAUUGUGUUUUUGUGAAGAUUUUUGGUCUAGGAAAGUUUGCCUAAGUUUUUAUUAAGUUCUGAAUUAAAAUGUUGUGUUUCUGAUAAGUUUUUUAUGUUAUUUUCAAGUUUGGCCAAGUUCUGACUAAGUUUUAAUUGAAAAUAUUGUGUUUUUGACAAGUUUAUAAGUGUGAAAGUUUAUGUUAAGUUCAUUGCAGUGAAAUUUGAUGUGUACACUUAACUUAUAUACUCUUAUGGAAACUUACAAGGGCCUCAAAAGUUACUUAGAAAAUAUUAGAGGAAGAAAUGUUUACUUAUUUUGUAUUGUGAGAGGGAGAGAGAGAGAGGUCUGGUGCCUUGUAAAAAUAAUAAUAAUAAUAGUAAUAGUAAUAAUAAUAAUUCGUACAAAAAUAUCCGUCCAUAGAAAAUAUUCAUGUUUUUUAUCACAUCAUUAUUAUUAUUAUUAUUAUUAUUAUUAUUAUUAUUAUUAUUAUUAUUAUUAUUAUUAUUAUUAUUAUUGCUACUACUACUACUACUACUACCACUACUAUCACCGCCAAUUCACUCCCAGCACCACCACCAUUACCACCACCACCACUACUACUACUACUACUACUACUACUACUACUACCACCAUUUAUAUUUUUCCCAUACAAUUAGGCAUAUUAUUGUCAUCUUUUAUAGUAGUAGUAGUAGUAGUAGGCCUAGUCACCAUACACACAAUAUUUCAUAACAAACCUUUAUGUACAUAUUUCUGCAUAUUUCAAUUUCUUAUUUUAUUUAUGUUUUUUUUAUUCAUUCCAGUGAUUUUUAGCAAUACACUCCAUAUUUAGACCUAUGUGUUUGUGUGUGUGUGUGUUAGGUGACCCAGCAUGACCUCUCAUUGUGACCUCUGCCGUUUGAGUCAUGUCUGGUGAGAAAUUGAUGUACACUAGCAUUGAAACCAUUUGAGAUUCAGAUAAGCUGGCCAAUGUUGUGUUUGGGGUGUUUGACUAAUUAAUUAAUUGUGUUUCAAAUAAGCUGGGCAGUGUUUGGUGUGUUUGGCUAAGAAGUAAAUGUGUUUCGGAUAAGCUAGACAGGGUUAUGUUGUGUUGAGGGUGUUUGGCUGAGAAUUAAUUGUGUUUCGGGUAACCUGGACAGUGUUGCGUUGUGUUCAGGGUGUCUGGUGAAGGAAAAAGUGUGCAUUUUGGGUGUCUGGUGAAGGGUAAACUGUUGUAUUUUGGGUAAACCAGUAGAAUAUUUGGACAAGUUGUGUUUGUGAUGAAAGAAAUUGUGCAUAGAAUAUUUAGGCAUUUUUUUUUUUUUUUAAUUAAGUACAGAUGUGGUGUGUGUUUUUUUUUUGUGUUUGGUAAAGGGUAAACUGUUGUAAUUGAGGUAAAAUGGUGUUGAGGAUUGUGAAGAUUUUGUUAACUUAUAUAUUUCAUUGUAUCUGAUUCUUUUGUCUUCUUCCUCCUCCUCCUCCUUUUCUGUCUUUCUUUCUUGUGUUCCUUCUUCCUCCUCUUCUUCCUCCUCCUCCUCCUCUUCUUUCUCUUCUUCCUCUCCUCCUCCUUUUCUGUCUUUCUUGUGUUCCUUCUUCCUCCUCUUCUUCCUCUCUUCCUCCUUCUCUUCUUUCUGUCUUUCUUGUGUUCUUUCUUCCUCCUCCUCUUUCUCUUCUUCCUCUCCUCUUCCUCCUCCUCCUCCUCUUCUUUCAGUCUUUCUUUCUUGUGUUCCUUCUUCCUCCUCCUCCUCCUCCUCUUCUUCUUCUUUGUCUUUCUUGUGUUCCUUCCUUCUCUUCUUCCUCUCUUCCUCUUCCUUCUCUUCUGUGUUUCUUUGUUGUGUUUUGUUCCUUCUUCCUCCCCUUCCUUCCUCUUCUUUCUCUUCUUCCUCUCUUCCUUCCUCUUCUUUCUCUUCUUCCUCUCUUCCUUUGUCUUGCCUCUUCUUCCUGUCUUCCUCUUUUCAUUUAUUGUUUUAUGUUCCUUCCUCCUCCUCCUACUCCUCUUCUUCUUCUUCUUCUUCUGUUUCUCCAUACUCUUUCAUUCUUCCACAGUCAUCCUCUUCACUUCCAUGUCUUCCUUUAAUUCAUCUGUACCUCCUCCUCCUCAUCUUCCUCUUCCUCUCUUCCCUGUGUAAGUAAAAUUCACUUCCAUGUCUUCCUUUAAUUCAUCUGUACCUCCUCCUCCUCCUCUUCCUCUCUUCCCUGAGUCUUUAAGUAAAAUUCAGGUUUGUUAUUAUUAUUAUUAUUAUUAUUAUUAUUAUUAUUAUUAUUAUUAUUAUUAUUAUCUUUUAUCAAGUUAAUAUUUUCUUGUGUUAUUUUUUUACUACUACUUAUUAUUGCAACAUUCUAAACUUUUCUAGUAAAGAUAAAAGUUUAAUAUUAGAGUCAGAAAGGAGAGAGAGAGAAAAAAUUUAAUCUUAACCCUUUAUUUUCUUAAUGUCUUAUAAACUUUAACAGAA